AUGGGAAAACCUGACCCGAGCGUGGUAAGACCGGAACCAGAGAGCAUCCAUCCAAAGCAUGGAGACCCAAACUCCAGUGGGGGAGGAAAUCAGAAGAUAGGUGAUGUUGGGAGGAAAUCAAACGGGUGGGUCGUUUCCACGUUCCAGUGGUAUUUUUGUUGUGUUGUUGGACCAGCAAGUCCCCGGACGAAGGUCAACAACAGAGUCAUCACCCAACGCCCACACUUAAACCAAGCCGACCAAAAUGUCACGUCACCCGAAACGCGCCUAGGAUCAUUUCGAGAUACCACCCACCACGUCUAG